UUUUCCAAAUCUGCCUUUUCCAACACUGACUGACGAUCCCAAAUGAAAACUCACAGAAAAGUGUGGAUUUUGCUGCUUCCAGGACUCCUAGUCUCCGUCUCCUGCUCUGCUUGGCACCACUGACCUCUCACCGACACCCAGGGACAAGUCCAGAAGGAACGGUUUUGCUUUCACACCAGCCGCCUCACAGAGGACCACGAUGAACCGCUACCUGCCGGUGGCGAGGCAGCACUUCCUCGCUGCCCUGGCCAGCACCAGCGUGGUGGUAAAAGCGAUAAGUGUUGUCGUGGUUCUGCUUUACCUGCUGUCAUGGGCUGCCGACACUCCAUAUGCCCUGGGGAUUACCCCCGGCUACCUUUUUCCGCCUAACUUCUGGGUGUGGACGCUGGUGACUCAUGGGAUGGUGGAGCCGCACAUUUGGGGUGUGGUGGCCAAUGUGGGGACGGUCAUGACCUGCGGACGCCUGCUGGAGCCGUUGUGGGGGGCCCUGGAGCUCCUUAUCUUUUUUGCAGUUGUUAAUGUGUCAGCAGGACUCCUGGCAGGCCUCUCCUACCUCCUCACCUAUGUGGCGACCUUUAACCUGGACUUCCUGUUUGCUGUGCGUGUCCACGGAGGGGCCGGCUUUCUUGGAGGUAUCUUGGUUGCACUCAAGCAGACCAUGGGAGAUACCACGGUGCUCAGAGUGCCACAGGUGAGACUGAAAGCAGCGCCGGCUUUGGUCCUCCUCUUCUUGGGCUUACUCCGCCUGUCUGGGCUGCUGGAGAGCUCGGCCCCCCUGGCUGCGUACAGCUACGGCGCCCUGGCCGGGUGGGUGUACCUGCGCUUCUACCAGAGACACAGCCGGGGCCGGGGGGACAUGUCGGACCAUUUUGCCUUUGCCAGCUUCUUCCCUGAGGCCGUGCAGCCGGCCGUGGGGCUGCUGGCAGGGCUGGUCCACGCGGCCCUGGUGAAGGUCAAGGUGUGCCGGAAGAUGGUGAAGCGAUACGACGUGGGGGCGCCGUCUUCCAUCACCAUCAGCCUGCCAGGGACAGACCCGCAGGAUGCAGAGAGGAGGAGACAACUGGCCCUGAAAGCUCUGAACGAGCGUCUAAAGCGAGUGGAGGACCAGUCUGCUUGGCCCAGCAUGGAUGACGAGGAAGAUGACGAAGAGGACGAGGUCAGAACGGACACACAGCCGCUCCUCCCAGUGGGGCGUGACCCGCCGUCCUCCGGGGGAGCCAUGGUCCCGUCCCUCUCCUCCGCCUCCUCCCCGGGGUCACAGGGCAGCGGAGCGCCGUCCUCGGGCGCAGUGCAACACUCCGAGUCCAGCAUUAUCAGUUUUGAGGACGCACCUCCUAGAUCAUAGCAAGAGGAGCACAUGCAAGUGUGUAGAUAUACACCGUAAGUUUGGCGUCACUGGCAAGUAUACGAGUGCGUCCAGCGUCCCUGACUAGUAUACAUACGUGUUCAGUGACAGUGAUAAGAUGUACACACGAUAUGUAAAAGAAAAAACACAUGUGUGGCGAGUUUAAUAUACACAGCCUUGCCCUCACAAACACUGUCAGCGUUAUUGUGAAGCCCAGAAGACUGUACAGCGCUUCCCCUUCAGAAAUGUCGGUUUUACCUGCUCAGUACAGUCGGGCUCACUUGCAACUUAAUUCUUCUCCGCCUUUCCGAAGGCAGCAGAGAGUCAGAAAAUUCUGUGUGGUUUGGAUUCAAUCCCAAUUUGCAGAACUCUGAUCCCUGCUACGUGUGUCUCUUUCUCUUUACUUUCUAAAUAAAUAACAAAAAAACGAUGUACAAAAUUCUUUUUUUUUUUGUCUUUUUCAGAGCAGCCAUAUUUGUUGUUUUGCCUGCACAGAGAAAAGCGUUAAUAAUAGGAAUUCAUUCUUUGAUUCUUUAUGAAUCGCCAGUUUGAUGAGCGCGGAGAAACGCCGCAGGUGACUUUGUCUGCUGGUUUGCGUGUUGCAGACGUGCGUCUUGCAAAUGUGCGUGCAACGAAAAGCAUGUGCCGUGUACCGACCUGCUGGACUAAAGGAGAGAUGCUGCUGCCGGUUUGUCGCGCUAGAUACACUGCACUACUAAACUUCCAGGUCUGAAGGAGUUCCAGGUGGAACAGAAGUGCGUAGAGCAAUUAAUUUAGCACCUGAUCCCGAUCUGGAAUCACAGAUGGAGAAAUGGACCAUACACCCCUUUUUUUUUUUUGUUUGGAACUCCUUUGCUCCUGCAAUGGAUAACCUUUUUUUCUUCUCUUUUUCUCCCAUCUAGGCCACUAAAAGAAAUAAAAACAGAAAUCUCUCUUUCUGUUGACUAUAAAGACAUGUUAGCAAUGUUGCACUCAAAACACGUCUGUGGAUGAUAAUCCAGUUUUAACGAGUUAUGGGUUGGUUUAAAGCUUUUUAUUAAAUUCCAGGUCUAAUCCUGAGCACCAUCCUGCACCUUUUGUCGUUUUUACUAUUUUAGAUCUGAUAAUAUGUGAAAGAUAAGCUUUUGAAUAAUAUUGAUGCAUAUGAUAAAGAGUGCUGGUUGUUAUCUGUGGAUCUGUAAGUCAUCUGAACCCUCACAAAUGUGGAUAAAUGCUGACUGCAAGAGAAAAGUACAGAGUCGCCUUGAUGCAUAUUUACAGUCUGUGCCGAGUCAUCAUUCCUUAGUUGCAGUUUAGGAUUUUUGAAUGUUCUGUUUCUCAGAGUUUGGACGCCAGCCCAUGAGGAUAAAUGAAACCAUAAACUGAUUUCUGUAUUGAUUAGUAUUCGGUCCGUCGUACAGUUCCCAUUCACAUCAUUUGGACUUUUAUUUUCUUAAAUCAAAGGGUUUGGUGCAAGCAGUGAUGAACACAUUUCUGAGGUGAUUUAUGGGCAGCUAAAUUGUUUCAUCAAGACAAAAAUGAACUUCAUGCACAUGUAAAGGUCAUUCUUGUAAAUGCUGCAUGGUAUUCAGGCUAUAAUCAAAUCACCGGAAGCCCGUUUCACCUUCACGUUCAUUACAGCAGUUUGCAUUUCAGCCUUCGUAAUGACAAACCAGCCCAUCAUUUCUGAAAGCGUCAACAACUUAUGUGAGAAAUUUGGUUUCCCUAUUGCGUUGCCGAACUUCAAUUUAAAAAGCAGUACGUGAGGUGAUGUGGACGAUCUCGUUUCCACGGAGACAGUUCAGUGUGUAAACGUCUUCCUGGAAAAGGUUUGAUCUGACAUGUUUGGCAAAAGUGGAUUGGUUGUUAGAGCUAAAUGAUUCUUUCUUCUGUACCUUUACAGGUUUUGGAAUAACAGUCCACUUUUUUUUUUUUUUUAAAUUGUCCCUAAAUAAAACACUAUAUGAAUU